CACUGAUAACUCCACGUUUUCAGGCAAUAAGAAUUUAACCUAUCAAAUUAAUAUCAACAACAAGACCCAUAGAAUGUUAGAAAAUCAUUCUGAAUCUAUGAUUGCAUUCAAGUCAAGAGUGGAUACAAGCAGUUCUGGAUAUAUCUUAGAUCCCCUAAAGAAAGUUUCUCAUCACUCAAAUCCUCUCUGCUGAAUGGCUCUGCACUGAUACAAUAAUGGCAGAAAAGAAAGUUCUCAGUUCAAAACUACUACUGUUACUACUACUACUACUACUACGAUUAAUUAUUACAUUUCAGUUUACAGUCUGACAAACUGAAAUUCUGACAGAGUAGUGCACACUUUGAAUGCACUUGUGUAGAAGCUUUUUCUUCAUGUCAUUAAUUACUGAUUAAUUACAGUAAACUUCCACAUGUGCCAAAGCAAUCCAAAAACGCAAUACAUCUAACAAAACUUUUGUCUCAUUGACUUCAAUGGAGUUUAUACCCAGGUAAGUUGGUACAGGAUUGCAAUGUAAAAACUGUAAUAAAAUUUUACUACAAAGGUUGAAUAGAAUUAAGUACCAAUACUAUGAAAACAGAAACGAAAAACCAAUUAUUCAAAAGGAUCAUAUGGGUCUUCUUGGGAAAUACCAUUGAAAAGCAUCCAAAAAAGUCAAAGGGAGAAUAUUGAAUAAUUCACCACCUAAGGAAUUAGGAAUCAUCACACAGAAUCGUAAGGAAAGAUGUAUCACCCAAAACUUCCUCUAGUGCAGCAGUGGCCAGCCAGAUGCCACAGGGAAGAUUACAAACAGAUGCGAAAAAUGUCAAAUGAAUAUACAUAAGACUAAAGAAUGAAAGAGUUAUCCUGUGCUAAAGUGAAUUUAAAUUUCUUUUUCAGCAUUUUAUUAUGGCCAAUAGAACAGAAAUAAAGCACACAAUGCACCAAAAUCUUAAAGACAGAAUAAAAUACAAAAUUUAAAUUUGCUAAACAAGUUCAUAAUUAAAUAAAGGCCAAAUCACCAGAAUUCUGGCAGGGAUAGGGUUGCCAGGGCAUCCCACAAUUGUUUUUAGGAAAACCUGAAAGUUGUUGAGCUUUUUCUAGACAAAACCCCCCCUAAAACCAUGAUUUUGCGAUUAACUUGAAUAAGAACGAGGACGAAGCGUCAACUCUUGGAAAUUCCCCCAAGAUGUCAAUUCCGCCUUUGAAAUCCUAGUAACGUCCAGGGAAAUCCGAACGUAUGGCAGCCCUAGGCAGGGAUGUAGGCUUUCUGAAUUAUUGCAUGGUUUUCUUCUGCUGGCAACUGCUUGUGUUUAUGCUCCAUCAAAAACACCCUAAAGUGUCAUUAUCAUCUACCAGGAAAAGCAAUAAAAAUAUUAAAAUAACAGUUUGUAUGCAAUGAAAAACAAAUCUGAAUUAAGCUUAAGUGACUUCUAAUCAAGUGAUACUAAAGUACAUUUGGACAACCAGUGAAAGAAUUUUUAGUCAUUCACAAUUCUCCAUAGAUAUCAGGGGGAAAUAGCAAUAUAGAAUUAUAAACAUGAAAAUAAGCAAAUACAGUUCCCCAUGUGAACUCAGAGUGUCACUGUUGGACAAUGUGGGAGCAGCCAUGGCUCAGCAUUUCCGAGACGCUUAGAGCAAUCUCUCUCAACACUUCAGCUGAGCAGAAAGGAAAAGCUUUUAUUUUAAAAGCUGCUCAAGAAAGGAAAGCUGUCAGUUUCCCAAGGAUCAGCUGAAAAGAAGAAUAUUUCUAUUAUCUCAAAUAAGUGUACUGGGAGUCUUGAAAACUGUACUGAAAUCAGGAAGAAAUCAGGAAAGGCAAUGGAUGUGAUGGAAGUAAAGCAGGCAGAGAGAACAAGGAAGAUCACCAAGAGGCAAGUACUGUUUCUGUUCAUAUUCUGGUCUGUGUUCUGCUGCCAGGUGGUGUCUGAGCAGGUUCGGUAUUCGGUUUCAGAGGAAGCAGAGCAGGACUCCUUUGUGGGGAACCUUGCUAAAGAUCUGGGGUUGGAUGUCAGAGAGCUUUCAAAGCGCAAGCUUGGUAUUUCUUCAGAAAAGAAAUUCUUUGAUCUGAAUGAACAAAAUGGCAACCUGUAUGUGAAUGAGAGGAUAGACCGGGAAGAGAUUUGUGGGGAAUCAUCCACUUGUGUCCUUGAACUGGAAGUUGUGGCACACAAUCCUUUGAAUAUUUUCCACAUAAAUAUUUUUAUCCAGGACAUUAAUGACAAUGCCCCACAUUUCCGGAAUGAAAAUAUUGAGCUUAAAUUUAGUGAAUCUACUCUGCCGGGAACUCGAUUUGCUCUUGGAAAUGCUGAAGAUGAUGAUAUCGGAAUAAACUCCCUCCAGAAUUAUCAGUUGAGCUCAACUCCAUAUUUCAAACUAGAAAUUCAAAACAGCAAUGAUGGCGGAAAAUAUGCAGAAUUAAUAUUGCAGAAACAACUGGACAGGGAAAAGGAACAGAUGCACCACAUGGUCCUUACAGCCAUGGAUGGCGGAGAACCUCCAAAAACCGGAACAGCCAAAAUAUUGGUAACAGUUAUUGAUAUUAAUGACAAUGCUCCUGUUUUCACCCAGACAACAUAUAAAGUGAGCCUGAAGGAGAGUGCACCCAAAGGAACCUCUGUGCUUCAAGUCAAAGCAUCUGACAGUGAUGAAGGGUCAAAUGCUGAGAUCACUUACACUUUCAGUGACAUCCCAAAAACAGCUGAGCAGAAGUUUCAUCUGGAUCCCAGAGAUGGAACAAUUACACUCAUAGAAAGUGUUGAUUUUGAGGAUAGACAAAAAUAUGUGAUGAUAAUUCAGGCAAGUGAUGGAGGAGGCUUGGCAGCACAUUGCAAUGUGGAGAUUGAGGUUCUUGAUGAGAAUGACAAUGCUCCAGAUGUGAUCCUUACAUCCGUGUCCAGCCCAGUUCCGGAAGAUGUCACAUCUGGAGCUGUGAUUGCUCUCAUUAAAGUUCAGGACAGGGAUUCUGGGGAGAAUGGAGAAGUCACCUGUCACCUGAAGGAACUUGUACCUUUCCUGAUAGUCUCAUCUUCGAGUAAUUACUUCAAGCUCCUCAUAGAUGGUGCCCUUGACAGAGAAAGGACUCCAGAGUAUAAUAUUACAAUCAUAGCCACAGACAAAGGCACACCUCCACUCUCCACACACAAAUCCAUAUCAAUACAGAUUUCAGAUAUCAAUGAUAACCCACCAGCCUUUGACAAAUCUUCCUACACUGCCUAUGUUCCAGAGAACAACCCAUCUGGAGCUUCAAUUUUCCACAUCAAGGCCUCUGACCCAGAUCUGGAUCGCAAUGCCAGAAUCACUUACUCCAUCCUUCACAGCAACAUCAAGGACCUGCCUCUUUCCUCCUAUGUCUCCAUUAACUCUGAGACUGGAAUCAUCUACGCCCAACGCUCCUUUGACUAUGAGCUAUUCAGGGAGUUUAAGAUUCAAGUGAAGGCCCAAGAUGGAGGUUCUCCACCACUCAAUAGCAGUGCCACAGUGACAGUAUGUGUUUUGGAUCGAAAUGAUAACGCUCCGCAGAUCCUGUACCCCUCACAAUCAACCGAGGGCUCCCCUUUCUUUGAGAUGGUGCCUCGGUCAGCUGAGUCAGGUUAUCUGGUGACGAAGGUGGUGGCCGUGGACUCUGAUUCGGGACACAAUGCCUGGCUCUCCUUCCAUCUCCUGCAGGCCACAGAGCCCUCACUCUUCAGCAUUGGCUCCCACACAGGAGAGGUGCAAACAGUCCGAGCAUUACUUGAGAGAGAUGCAGUGAAGCAGAGGCUGGUCAUCCUGGUGAAGGACAAUGGGCAUCCUCCUCUCUCAGCCACCACAACUUUGAGCCUGGUGUUUGCUGAGAACUUCCAGGAGGCUCUUCCAGAAAUGAACUCCCAACCAAAUGACUCAGAGUAUCAGUCUGAUCUACAGUUUUAUUUGGUAUUGGCCUUGACCUUGGUGUCCUUUCUGUUCCUGGUGACGGUGAUUCUGACCAUUCUGAUGAAGCUUCGAAGGUCAAGGAACCCCACUUUCCUUCAGUGCUUUAUUCCUGACCCCCAUUCAAAGGCUGGUGCCAUAUUCCCACCCAAUUAUGAGGACGGAACUUUGCCUUAUUCCUACCAGGUCUGUCUGUCCUCUGAAUCCCGGAGAAAUGAGUUGACUUUCCUGCAGCCCACUGUCCAAAUAGCAGAGAACAUCCUUUGCAAUGGCAACUCUGACAUUUCUUUGAUGGUCAGUGGAGGCAAUUUAAUUUCUGAAAAGGAAAAUGACAGCACGGUGAGUUAUAUUUCAUGUUCCUUAUAGGGAAUUUGGUGUUAUCACUUGUUUGAGAGUUUAAUUGUAAACAGUGGAUGUUAUCAAACUGGCAUCCCUGAGAAUUCAGACCAUGUCAUCAGGGAAGUAGGUAGGGAGUAGUAUUGAGCUGCUACUGCUGUAGAGCAAGCUAAUUGGACUUUCCAGCAGCUAUUGAGGGGCAGCAUAGCAGGAUGGCGGAGGCUCUGUCAGAAUUGUCCAGGUACACAUCUGCAUGGUAACUCGGUGUCGUGCUAAGAUUACAGUGUGGUGCAGCAUGGCUGAGUGGAGAGAAUGAUGUUUUCUUCUUCUUCUUAUCUUUGCAGUACAAAUGCAAUUGAAUAUGUAGCUAUUUUCACAUUCUGUCCUUUAAGAAAUUUACAAGAAGAAAUACCAAAAAGUCUUUCAUAGAAUAUUCUUUAAAUAAGUUGGUAAAUUUCUUAGUAAUUGGUAAAGUUUUUCAACUGAAUUUUAGGAAGUGUUUGCGGAGCUUUAUAUGGGUUGGAUUAUUUAAUGAGAGUAAAGGAUUAAUUAAUCACUAAACUUGAUUUGGUUCUCAUAUAUACAAAUAAUCUUACAUAGCAUUUGGAUACUGUGUUCCUGUCACAGACAGAGCUUGGGAUUUGGGUCUGAUGAGAAUAGCACAACCUAUUACGUGGUGGAGCACUGAUUGUAUCAGUAGUACAAGCAUUUCUUAGGUCCUGUGACUGCAUGCUGUUUGUAGAAUCAAAAAUGCUCAUGUACAACCUGUGUAGAAGAGUGGCGGCAUCAAAAGGGAGUUUCUCUUGGCAUGAUUUCUAGAGAUGUUGUAUACCACUCUUUGUGUGUGUGGGGGGGGACUAUAGAAUUAUUUUACUUAAAUAAAUAAUAUGCACAUAUCCCACCCCCCUCUUCCAAGGUAUGUAUAUACUGGAAAUGGUCCCUGGAUUGACAAAUACCCUAAACCAAACAUGACUGUAUCAUGAACCCAAAAGUAUCCCCUGCCCCCGCACCGGCCCCAGCCCUGGCCAGGUCCUGUAUUCUCAUAUACUACUGAUGUCCAGUGUGGAUGCAAUCCCAAAGUAUUGGCAUUCCUUUCAUUGCUUUUGCAUUAUAUUGUUAGAGAUUAUGAUAAGUUGUAACAGUUAUAGUGAACACUUUGUAUGUAAGGAUAUGUGUAUGUGGAGCGUGUGGUUAGUAUUUCUACUUAUACCAUCUCUAGUCAUGCUUCCAUACUGUAGAAAUAUAGGUGACAAAUGACUAUUGAGUGACAGCUACCAAUGGUAGAUGCCCUUUUAACUCUUUGGCAUGGAAUGUUUUCUUAUGGAGAGUCAAUCUGGCCAGGACAUACAUCUGCACAUCCUGUAAUUGCUGUACUUUAAAGCUGGGUCAUGUUCACCACCAGUGUAUAUUCCAUUAGGAAAGAUGAAGACUAAUGUUAAAAGAACAUUUGUUGGCAUUAUCUAGUGGAUAAUUCAGUGUCUUGUCCCUCCUGCUAAUGGCCAAAUUCAGUUUUAGCAGUUUAAUCUUGUAGAACAAGAAGCACAACAUCAAGCUCUCCAAAGAAGAUGGCCGAAACCCACCUACCUCUGCUGUUUAACAAGCCCUCACAUGCUAGUUUUUAAUAAAGCUCUCUUCUGAGUUUGACAUCCAGUUUUCACAUGUGUGCUUCUAAGCUACCAUUGUUAUCCAUCCACAGUAGUGGUGUUUGUGAUAAGCUGGAGCUGUGGAUGAGGCAGCAGUGUGGCUGGGUCUGUAUGCUUCUGUCAGCAACCAAUCUGGCAUUCCUGCUGGUGCACCUGCAUGGCCCUAACCUUUCCGUGACUGAAGCCCAGCCCUUUCCAGAUAAGCAGUGGCAAUAAAUUACAGAGAAUGUGGCCAUUUAACUUCUUUGCUCUGUGCAGUAAUACCUAGUGUUAAGAAUGUUCAAGGCGCUUCACAUAUAGUGCUGUGUAACUCUUACAAUAAACCAGAAAAGUAGAUCAAUGUUAUGAUACUGGGGUAGGGGGAGAGGCUGCAUUCAAAUUUGUGGGGAAUAUUGCAUUAGUUAUUUUUCCUGCGUUUAAUGGCAGCAUUUCUGUCCUGUUCUUUUCACUGUGGUACCUGCUGUGCUAAGGAACUGUGGUUUUUGACUGAUAUACCAGCAAGUUGUGCUGAAUUUCAUGCACACCAGCAUAUUUGGUGUCACACAACAAUGAAUGUCAUGGGCUAAUGCCGCAACUCUGUCAGCCUUUCUGCACGUGGAUGCCUCUGUUUCCCCAUGAAAACAGCAGAAAAGAACUGUGUGCCAGUAUAUCAGUUUCCUCACUUUACAACUACAAACAUUACACUGACACAAAGAAAAUAGGAAGUACCAGAGGCUUACUAUUCUUUUUUCUGCAUCCAAAAUGAAUCUUUUGAAUAUCCAGCAAACAACAUUGCUGAGAAAGUUCAAUAUUUCAGAAUUCAAUUCAUUCCAGAAUUUCCAGUAAUGGGGUAGGGCAGGAACCCUAAGCACACUUGUCUUUCCUGCUCCUUUUCAGUUUGUUUACUACAACAAAAAAUGUCACUCUUUUUUAUCCUUAGCAGUUAAAUUCG